AUGACAAUGCUGGAACUCAAGAGGGCGACAUUGCAAUAUUGGAAUAUUAAAAUAGAUUACAGUUCUUCGUACGGAACUGGUGUCACUUUAGUAGUGCCUCAGAUUAUCUUGUUUUAUAUUGCAGAUCGUAUCAACAUCAAACGCAAAGGAGCUUGGCCAAGUGCUUAUCUAUCAGUCCAGAAUCUAAUUGACUGUGGCGGUGCAGGAUCAUGUGAGGGCGGUGGUCAGCUUGGAGUUUAUAAGUAUGCACAUGAGCAGGGGAUCCCAGAUGAGACUUGUAAUAAUUACCAAGCCAAAGACCAGGAAUGCGAGAAAUUUAAUCAAUGUGGAACAUGUUCAACAUUUGGAGACUGCUUCACUCUGUCAAACUACACUAAGUGGAAAGUUGGUGACUAUGGAUCCAUCAGUGGUAUGGACAAGAUGAAGGCUGAAAUCUAUGCAAAUGGUCCUAUAAGUUGUGGUAUCAUGGCAACAUCGGCACUUGAAAAGUUUCAAGGUGGACGUAUUUAUACCGAAUAUCAUCUCGUUAAUUCUAUCAACCACAUAAUAUCAGUAGCUGGCUGGGGUGUGGAGGAUGGUGUUGAGUACUGGGUUGUCCGCAAUUCAUGGGGACAGCCAUGGGGUGAAUAUGGCUGGGUUCGUCUUGUAACUAGCGCAUACAAGAACGGCUCUGGAGACGAUUACAAUCUAGGUGUUGAGAAGUCCUGUGCCUAUGCUGAUCCCAUUGUGGCAUAAGCCCUAAGCACCUUUUCAAUCAAUUAAAAAACUGUACAGCACCUGAAUCCAUGCAAUAUUUUAUGGCGCUGUGACAUUAGCUCAGAGUGACUCAUAUAUAGAAUUAAUAUUAAGAUAUUAAUAUAAUUUAGUUAUAUAUUUUUUUAUUUCAAUCAAACAGCGAAUAGUCACCACUAACAGCUGGUAUAAAAAUCAUUACUAAAAACACAUUAUAAAGUAAUAUAUAGAUAAAUAUUAAACAAUAGAUAAUCUUAAGUUGCGAAGUAUAAGUGAAAAAUAAUAAUGUUGAAAAACUAUUGUCAAAAAUGUCAAUAUCGUUUGAAGAACAAAUGGAAUUAAAUUGUAUUGGAAUCCUAGAAAGACGACUAUGUUAGCAAGCGUCAACUCUACUUAAAGGGACAUUAAACAAGACAAGAACGCAAAUUACAGAAACUAACAUAAAGACCAAACAAUUGAACAAGGUCACAGCUAAAAGACAGUGCAAGGAUUGCAGUGAAAAUGCUUUAGUGACUGUAGCAUUUCUAUGGAAACCAGGCUUCACCUUGAUAUAAGAUAACUUUUAUUGUAUACUGCAGUUACCUUAAUAGGAUUCAUUAUUAUACUAUUUACAUUUUUUUUAGUAUAUAAAAGCAGAACGUUGAAAAUUAUUGUAACUGUUCUGUAGUACUAAAAUGAAACACCCAAUUCAACAGUUUCAUUGAUAAUAAUGAUUGGAAAUGUUAAUUUUAAAUAGUUAAGUAUAUUUAUUGUUUCUAUUUAUUUUGGGUGUAGUUAGCACAGUGGUUGUGGCGCACUCUCAACCUUCAGGUCGUUGGAAUGCCUUCUGUGUAGUGUGGAUGGGUGCCAGCACAAGAUGAGAAGUUUAACAAAUUCAUGCUCGAGGAUAUUUUAACCCCCUUCUCACAGCAUUGCAUAGUCUGAGGCCCAAAUUAAUACCAUGGCCCCAAAUUAAUACCAUGGCCCAAAUUAAUACCAAAGGAAAAGGAGGUAGGCAAUUCAGCCUUUAAGCUCAAAUUUCUAGUUUUUUACUUUGCUUUUAAUUUACUUUUCUUUUUAUCAGUGAGCUCUUGCACUCUAUAGCCAGGGGUCCCAAGCAUUUAUAGGUCCAUGCAAUAUUUAUUUUUGCCUGAUACAUUGAACUAGUGGGGCCAUUUUGGGGUGCACUAACAUGCAAGAAAACCUCAAAACACUGAAGUGGGUGGCGAUUUCCCCCAGGGUAAUAGGGUUCUGAAGAAACAUUAGCAAGUGGCUUAAGACCAUUUUGUAAGGCCACUGCUGGUUAUUAUUGUAGAUUCUUGUAGUUUUUUUUAUACUAUGCAGCAAAUGGUGGACUGCUAAUUCAAUAACUGUAAUAUUACAUGGACAGUAGUAUUAAUAAAGUUCACUAAAUAUUUGUCAAA